UGCAGACGACGUUCCAUUGAUCAUUGUGACAUCUAAGAUUGUUUGUGAAUUGUUACGUAUAAACAAAAAGAAGCAACGCUCAGUACUAAAAUUUACUUUUAACAAAAAUGCCUCUUCCCCCAGCACUUGCGGCCAAGUUAGCAAAACGAGGUAUUUUACAGCAGGCCGACACUAAUGCAAGCACGGCCGCGAAAACAGCCACGAAAUCUGCCGAAACUCGAGAGUCAGAAGCUAAAUUGGCAGAGGAAACAGCGGCAAUAAAAGAGAAAGAAGAAAAAUUAUUAGAAAUUAAAUUGAAAGGUUAUGACGGCUGCCCAAAUAAGUGGAAUCCAUAUCAUUCGUGCACACCUUUCUGCAAUGAAAAAUGGGGUGAGGGUAAAAGUGUGCCAGAUCCAGAAUAUGAAAGACGAAGACAGAAAAUGUUGAUGAUAUAUCCCUUACCAGAUGGCUGGCAAGAUAUUUAUGACGCAGGAACGGCAAGACACUAUUACUGGUGUUUAGAAUCAGAUAAAGUCUCUUGGUUCCCUCCUGGCCACCCAAAAUCAUGCCCAGUUGUUGCAGCUGCCAAAGUUAGAGAAAAUAUAAGUAACCAGAACAAUAGCCAAGAAAAAGACACAGAUGUUGAAAUGGGGUGCGACAACGAGGUGAGAGAUAUGGAACCUUCACGGAAACCCCCAAACUUUGUAAAGGAUUUACGUGACAAACAGCAGGAGGACCGAAACAAAACCAAGGGCAAAGGCAGAGUCAAAUUCAAUGAUUUGGACCCAAUGGACCCUGCCUCCUAUUCAGACAUCCCAAGGGGAAGUUGGUCCACUGGCUUGGCCACCGGCGAUGAAGCAAAAUCUGGUGUAGAUGCUACAGCAAGUGGUCCUUUAUUCCAAAUGAGACCGUAUCCUAAUCCCGGCGCUGUAUUACGUGCUAAUGGCAAUGCAAAAGAUUAACGAUACAAUAAAAUAGAAUUUUCGAUA